AUGGUGAGCAUCCGACAAUCUCCUAAACUAGUGUUUAGGACGAUUCGGAGUUUUGUGAGUGUGCAAAUAUGCCAGAAAUUAUCACUACCCAAGUUGACUACUGGCAGAAGUCGCAGAGAGAUGGCUACUGUUCGCGAGUUCGACUACCUCGUUAUCGGAGGAGGUUCGGGAGGAAUCGCGUCGGCACGUCGUGCUCGAGAGUUCGGAGUGUCAGUAGGAUUAAUUGAGGAAGGUCGGCUAGGUGGAACCUGUGUAAAUGUUGGAUGUGUCCCAAAAAAGGUCAUGUACAACUGCUCCAUGCACGCCGAAUUCAUUCGUGAUCAUGCCGACUAUGGAUUUGACGUCACUCUCAAUAAAUUCGACUGGAGCGUCAUCAAGAAGUCGAGAGAUGAGUACGUUCGUCGUCUUAAUGGUAUUUACGAGAGCAAUCUUAAUAAUUCUAAAGUUGAGUUGAUCCGAGGACGAGGCGCCUUUGCUGAUGAUGGCAAUGUUGAGGUGAACGGACAAAAGUACAAGGGAAAGUAUACGCUUAUUGCAGUUGGGGGUUUUCCGACGAUGCCCGACAUCCCUGGAGCAGAGUACGGAACUGAUAGUGAUGGUUUCUUCGAACUCGAGAAGCUUCCGAAAAAAUCUGUUGUUGUCGGUGCCGGAUAUAUAGCCGUUGAGUUGGCAGGUGUCUUGGCUAACCUUGGGUCAGAUUCCCAUCUAUUAAUCAGAUAUGACAAGGUGUUGCGUACUUUUGACGAGACCCUUAGCACCGGGCUAACGGAAGCGAUGGACAAGGGACCAGUAAACAUACACAAGAGGACCCAGGUCCAACGUGUGCAAAAACGUCCGGACGGACUUUUAACAAUAACAACUAACACAGGGGUAAUAGAUGAAGUAGAAGUUCUGAUUUGGGCAAUUGGACGAACUCCUUAUACUGCCAGUUUGAAUCUUGACAAGGUUGGAGUGAAAACUGACACCAACGGUCACGUAAUCGUUGACAAAUACCAGAACACCUCCAAUCCGAACAUACUGUGCAUUGGUGAUGCUGCUGGGAAGUUUUUGCUUACUCCAGUGGCGAUUGCUGCGGGACGGCGCCUCUCCCACCGCCUUUUCAACAACGAAUCUUCAAACUUCCUCCCAUAUGAAAACAUUGCCACCGUUGUGUUCAGUCAUCCACUUGUCGGCACUGUUGGACUAACUGAAGAAGAGGCCAUAGACAAAUACGGAAAAAAUCAGAUUAUGUUGUAUAAGUCGAAAUUCAACCCGAUGUAUCAUGCUGUCACUAAACAUAAAGAGCCCUGUAUUAUGAAACUAAUCUGCGCAGGUCCAGAAGAGAGGGUUGUCGGUGUGCAUAUCCUGGGAGCUGGUGCCGACGAAAUGCUUCAAGGAUUUGCUGUAGCAGUAACUAUGGGCGCCACUAAAGCCCAAUUUGAUGCUUGUGUGGCUAUACAUCCAACAAGCGCCGAAGAACUUGUCACAAUGAGAGGAGGAGUACGUCCAGAAUAG